UGUAUGGGAAAUACGACUACCUGUUUUUUGCAGAUGAGAUAACUGGUGCUCACAGUAUGAAUAUAAUCAAGAAAAUUGACACUUUUAUUGCCAUAAGAAAUGCCUUUUUCUCCCUACUUGGCUUUGGGAUCUUUGCCAAUGCCCUCCUUCUUGUCUUCCACGUCCUCACGUUCCUUCUUGAGCACAGGCCCAAGGCCACUGACCUGACCAUCAGCCACUUGGCCCUAAUCCACCUAGUGAUGCUGCUGACCUUAGGUUUUAUAGCCACAGACGUUUUGGGGUCUCAGAAUUUUUGGGAUGACAUCGAGUGUAAGGCAGUUCUGUACUUGUACAGGUUAAUGCGGGGCCUCUCCAUCUUCACCACCUGCCUGCUGAGUGUCCUCCAGGCCAUCACCCUCAGCCCCAUGAGCUCCUGUCUGGCAAAGUUCAAACAUAAAUGCUCACACCGCAACCCAUGUGUCUUUCUCUUCCUGUGGGUCUUUAAUAUGUUCAUUAGUGGUCACUUCAUAAUUUUCACUAUUGCCACCCCCAAUGUGACCUCAGACUAUCUAAUGCUUGUCACUGAAUCCUGCUGCCUUUGGCCCCCGAGUUACUUGUUCUGGUACCUAUUUUCUGCACUGGUGACCUUCCAGGAUGUCUCUCUCAUAGGGCUCAUGGCCCUCUCCAGUGGAUACAUGGUGGUUCUCUUGUACCGGCACAAGAGGCAGUCCCAGCAUCUCCACAGCACCAUCCUUUCUCCUAAAGCUUCCCCAGCAAAACAAGCUACCCAGACCAUUCUGCUGCUCAUGAGUUUCUUUGUGGUCAUGUACUUUUUGGACUGUGUUGUCUCCUCCUACUCAGGAAUGUUGUGGAACAAAGAUCCAGUUCGCCUGUGUGUCCAGAUGCUUGUGGGCAAUGUCUACGCCAUCAUAAGUCCUUUGCUGCUCAUCAGUACCGAAAAACUAAUGAUCAAGUUUUUACCAUCCAUAGUGGGGAGGACA